AUGAAUAGACAAUAUGUGUUGCCAAAGUAUUAAGAAAUAUUGUAGGAAUAUAUGGAAAAGGUUAGAAAGAAUAUUCCCAAAUAGUAUCCUUCUUUUAAAGACUUUUUGAACAAAAUGAUUGGUAUAUAUGGAAUUAAGAAAUUAAGAUCUUGUGAAAUAUGAAAGUCUGCCUAAAUUAGGUAAGCAUAAUGUGGUUUUCAGAUUGACAAUCAAUAUGAGAUAAACCAAACUAACUUAAUUGGCUUUGUCUACUUUAUUUGUAAUGAAAUAAUUAUUGAUCCAAUUAGAGAUUAGUUUCAAAUGGCUUUAUCGAUGGAAGAAUAGAGGAUACUUCAUAAGAAUUUUAUACAGAUGAAUUUUCAGAACUUUUUAAUGAUUCUAAUUAUAAUAAAGGAGAAAAAAGAGUAUGAAAUGAUAUUUAUAAUCACAUAGACAAUCAUGGAUGUAUUAAUUAAUUCAGUAACAUCCUGUCUAUUUGAUAAAGAUGAGAUUAUCAUUUAAGGUUUAAAAUUAUUGGUUGCAUUCGUUCUGAAUCCAUAUUGUUAUGUAACAUCAUAAAAUCUAACAAGAAUUGUUAGGACUAUUAUCUUUUCUUAUACUCGUAUACUAUAUUUUAAGCAUAGGUUCUAGAACAUAGACAGUUGAUAGAAAUACAAAGAAUAUGCUCUAUUAGAUUAUAAAUUAUACAUUUUAGGCUGUAGAAGGAGAAGUAAUUAAAUUCAUCAUAAUUUAUAAGGUUUUCACAAUUUAAAGAAAUAAACGUAGAAUGUCUAUAAAAGAAGAUUCAGUUUAAAAAUUAACUUAAUUAGUUAUGCUCUAAUUAGUUGAUAUGGUAUGUUUAAAUAGAACUUCAUUAAAUUUUUGUAUUUAAUCUGAUAUUUAAAAUGAAAGAAAUCAACCUGCAGGUUAUUUUGGUUAUUGUAUAAUGUGUAGAAAAUCAGCUAAUCUUUAUUGUAAAGAUCAUAGAGUUCCUAUUUGUUCUUUUAUUUGUAAGAAAUAACAUUAGGAAUAUGUGGAAUAAGCUUAAAGUACAUAUAGUGGGGCAGUUAAAUAAUUUGAAGAAAAUCUUGAUUGUGCAUUAUAAUUGUAUGAUAGUUUAUGCAAUCUAUUACUUAAUAAAACAACAUUAGAAUAAGCUAAAAAUUAAUAAAUCAUUCUAGAAUGUCUAUUAUAUAUUCUUGAAACACCAGAUUUUGUGUUAAGUAAAAAUGAAAAAUUCAUUAAAACUACAAAAGAAAGAUUGUGUAAUCAACUAUUAAAGUAUUGUUUAGAAACAGAGAAAACCUUAUAUUAAUUUAGUUUUAGAAUAUUUUAAAGAUUAGUUAAUAUAAUGAGAAAAAGUAUUAAACAUGAAAUGGCAAUAUUUAUUAAUUAAAUUUAUUUAAAUAUACUUUUAAGUGCUAAUUCUAAUGUAUUACAUAAAUAAACUGCUCUUGAAAGUUUAUGUAGUAUUUUGGAAAGACCAAAAACUGGAUUAGAAUUUUAUAUAAAUUAUGAUUGUCAUACAAAACAUGAAUGUUUGAUGUCUAAAAUUAUUAAUACUUUUUAUGAAAUAAUAGUAGUUUCUAUUUAUUAAAAAGCAGAAUAUUAAAUUUCAACAUAAUAAGAAAUUCUAUUAAAAUAUUUAGCUAUUAAAGCUUUAUCUUAUGUUAUUGAAGGUUUAAAUAAAAUAUUUGAUAAAUUUAUUAUCACACCUUCUGAAGAAAUUGGAUCACCAUAAAUGGAAGAUUAAAAUGCUAAUGUUAAUGAUAAUACAACUGUAAUGUAUAUUAAUCCUAUUGAAAUACAAAGAUAAUUAAAAUAAGAAAUUAUGAAAGGAUGUUAAAUAUUUAGAAAGAAUCCUGAUAAAGGAAUCAAAUAUCUUUUAGAUGCUUAAAUAAUAUAAAAUGAGUAAUUUUAUUUUAUUAAUUUAGUGCAAAAGAAAUUGCUAAAUUUUUUAGAGAAAAUUAACAAUAAGUAAGUAAAGAUGCAAUUGGAGCCUUUUUAGGAGGACAUCAACAAUUAAAUAUUAAAGUCUUAAGUGAAUUUACUGAUAUGUUAAAAUUUAAAGAUUUGACUGUUGAAUAGGCAUUAAGAUAUUAUUUAGAUUAAUUUACAUUACCAGGUGAAGCAAUGUAAGUAGAUAGAGUAGUCUAAAAAUUCUCAGAUAGAUAUUACAAAGAAAAUCCAAAUUCAACUUUUAAAUCUAGUGGAAGUAUAUAUACUUAUUGUUAUUUAUUGGUUAUGUUAUAAACUGAUUUGCAUAAUCCUUCAGUUGCAGAAAAAAUGAAAUUAAUAGAUUUUUAAAAAUUGGCUAGAUCUAUAAAUGAUGGUGAUGAUUUACCAUAAGAUUAUUUGACUUAAACUUAUAAUUCUAUACUUAAAUAACCAUUAGCAGUAAGAGAAAAAGAGAAAAGUCGUGUUUUCAUGAAAGAAUCUCUUACUUAAAGUAUAAGAAAAAAAUAGGAUUUAUUUUAAAGGGAAAAGGAAGCUUUACUUAAAUAAGGAAGUGAAUUAAUAAAAACUAAAUAAGAUUCUCAUGAAACUCUAUAUUAAAUUAUUAAUCAAGAUAUGGCUUAUUUAAUAAAACCAUUUUUAGAAUGUAUAGGUAAACCAUCAUUUGAAAUGUUUCUAUUUGUUUUUAAUAAUGAUUAAAUGGAAUAAGCUUCAAAUUAAUGUAUUUAAGGAUUAGUUUUAUUUAUUAAAUUAUGUUCAUUUUUUUCAAUUCCUUUACAAGAUUAUAUGAAUACAUUAAUAAAGGCUACUAGACUUAAUAAUUAAGGUUAAAUAUCUAAUAAACAUAUUAAUUUAAUAAAAUAAAUAUUAUAAACUGUACCCUUAAUUGGAAAUGGAUUAAGAGAGAAUGGAUGGAAAAGUAUUUUAAAAAUGAUUAGUAGACUUGAUGAAAUGAGAAUGAUAUAAUAAUCUAAGGAUAAUUAGGAUGGAUAAAAUAUAUCCAUUUUACCUGAAUUAUUAUUGGAAUCUGAUUUAAUAGAUAAGAUUUUUGUAUAAUCAAAAUAAUUAGAUGAUGAAGCAAUUUAAGAAUUUAUUAAUGCUUUAUGUUAUAUGUCAAAAUAAGAAAUAUAUUAAACACAUCCACGUUUGUUUUGUCUUUAAAAAUUAGUUGAAGUCUGUGAUUAUAAUAUGAAAAGAGUAAGUUUUGUAUGGACUAAAAUGUGGAAUAUAGUUAAAGAUCAUAUUAAUGAAGUGGCAGUGAAAGAAAAGAAAGUUGCAAUGUUUACUGUAGAUUCAUUAAAAUAAUUAAGUAUAAAAUUUCUAUAGAAGGAUGAAUUAUAUGAUUUUUAAUUCUAAAGAGAUGUAUUAAAACCAUUUGAAACUAUAUUUUUGUAAUCUAAUUUAGAAGUUAAGGAAUUCAUUCUUUCUUGUAUCAAUCAUAUUGUAUUAAAUCACAAACAUAAUAUCAGAUCUGGUUGGAGAAUGAUCUUUGGUUUAAUAGCAUUAGGUUUAAAAGAAGAAAAUGAUAAAAUUUGUAAAAUAGCAUUCUAGAUAUUAUCAUAAAUUAUGGAACAUAAUCUUGAUCUAUUAUAAGAUGUUUUUAUUGAUCUCAUUUAAACAUUAAAGGUUUUAGCAGGAAAGAAUUAAGAAGAUAUGGCAUUGGCAUCUAUUGAUUUUACUAUUAAAUGUUUAGGAUAUCUAUCAAAAUAAGCAUAGAUUAUACCAAAACUUAAUUGGAAUGAAUUUGAAGAACCAGAGGCUACUGUUAGAAAUGCAUCAACAGCUGUUUAACUUGAAAAAAUAUGGAUACCUUUACUUGGAGUAUUAUCAUAAUUAGCAGGAGAUAAGAGAAAUAAAAUAUAGGCAAAAUCAAUGGAAGCUUUGUUUGAAACUUUAUAAUAAUUUGGAUAUGCAUUUAGUGCUGAAUUUUGGAAAAUGGUAUUCAGUACUGUACUUAGACCUAUAUUUGAUGAAAUUUAAUUUACAUUUCAAUAAAAUUAUACAGUAGCUAAUACAAAUAAUGAUUGGUUUAAGGAUUCAUGUAAAAAGGGAUUUUCUUUGAUUAUUAAUUUAAUGAAAAGAUAUUUUUAGAAAUUAAGAGGUUUAUUACCUGAAUUUUUAAAAUUAUUUGAAAAUUGUAUACAAAAUUAAAAUGUUAAAUUGGCUAAAUAUAGUAUUCAUUCAGUUAAAAAUAUGACACUUAAAAUUGGAAUGAUGUUUAAUGAAGAAGAAUGGGAAUAAAUUAUUUAAUUUAUUGAUAGAAUGAUUCGAUUAACUACACCUACAAAAUUAUCAAGUUUUGCAAAUUAAUCAUUAACUUCUAGUAGAAUGAGAAAUAUGAUAGAAGAUUGUUUUACUUAAUGUACUUCUUAAUUAUUAAUAAUCUAAAUAAGUAUAGAGAUCUUAUAACAUUUCAAUUAAAAAUUAAAUUUAUAAUAAUUAUAAACUAUUGAAAAUACAUUUUUAUACUCCUAUUAAUUUGCUGUAUAAUUUAAUUCAUAAAUUGAAUAAAGAUAUCUAAUAUGGAAAUAGGGAGUCUUAUAAGAUAUGAAGUUUUUACCUGGUUUACUAAAAUAAGAAAGAGAAGCUUAUGGUUGUAUGAUAAUCAUUAAAAAAUACAAAUUAAAAAAUCAUAAUAUUUUGGAUAUUGAUUCAUUGAUACAACCAAUUGAUGUAUUUAUUAAAAAACAUGAAAUGAUUAGAACAAACACAUAAUUCCCAGAGGAAUUAGAUUAAUAAAUGUAAAAAUUAAAACUUCAAGAAAUUGAAAGAGAAACUUAAAAUUAUAGAUAAUUAUUGGAUACUUAUAUAUUACCUACACUUUGUGAAUUAAAUGUUGAACAUGUAAUUAAAUUAAAUAAUGAUUUUAGUUAAAAUAAAACAAUUAAUAGUUAUUCUUAAUUUUAUUAAAAACUUUGAGCUAUUCAAAUGACUCUAUCAUUUGUAAAGAAUGUAUUCGUUGUUAAAAAUGUUUAUAAUAAGAAAAGAGCAAUUUAGAUUAACAACUUCUUUAAUUAGUUUAAAAAUUAUAUGAUUUGAAAUGA